GGCCGGCGAGAUUGUCGUUGACUCGUUGCUUGCACACCAUCAUUGGGUACUAUCAAGAAGACGAUGAUACCGACCCACGGCCAUAUGGGUCGGUGGUCCUGAUCAUGGGACAGACUACGACCCUUGGCGACGUCGAUAUGGUCGAAUCAUUGGAGUCAUUGUACUCCUUAAGGAGAAUCCGACCUGAGGUUAAAUUCAUCUUCGUGGCAGAUGAAGGCUUCAAACGUUUGAAGCGCAGAGGAGAUGUAAUUCUACAACCGCAGAAAAGCAUCUCCGAUGUCCUGGCAACCAUCAGAAACGAGCUGCUCGGACAUCCGGCGGGAAUCAUUAACUUCUUCGGCAAUCGGUCCAGCAACGAGUUCGAGGACUACCUGACGCCGGGAAGGAAGAAAUACUACCAGAUCCGAGGGGAGUACCUGGUCGCCGCCAGCGUCUCGGUUAAGUUUAAGGGGAAUGGCUACGGCGAUGUUUCGAUAUGUGCCUACGACGAGAAAUCGGUCGUGGAUAGAACAUGUAAAGGAAUAACGGUGAAUAGUGAGGUCACCUUUAAUAUUAAAGAUCACUGUUCUGGCGAGCCGCCGUGCACCGUCCGAUUCGAGGCCUUUUCUACUGACAGUUCCUUCAAAUGCGCAGAGCUGGAUUGUCGCUACCCGGAUCAAGUUCGUGUAAAUAUUUUCACGUCUUGGAGCGGCGGCAGGAGGGAUUCGGCAAAGUUUGCGAUUAUCGUUACAUUCUGGUGGCUUGCGUCUCUCCAUCAAUUAACAUACACAUGAAUAUUAGAUAUGCGAGCGGUAUUUGCAGUAUUUGUAUUCCGUCUGUAUUGCAUGAAAUAAAAGGAAAUGGAUGGACGUUGUUCGUUCGCGUUUCAUUCCGGUCAAA